CGGGUGUCUCUGUGGGGGGUGCAGGAGUCCCCAUGGGAGGUGUUGGGCCAGGUCUCUUCUGGGGAGGGCAGGUGAUUCCAUGGGAUAGGUCAGGUCAAGCCCAAGCUGGAGGGAAGGAGGUUGGAUCUCCCCUGCUCUGGGCCCAGGCCUGAAAAUCCUGCCCUGCGCUUGCCCAUUUGCACGGAGAGAAAGGGCACGCUGAGCGCUGGGCUUCGUACUCUGCGCGACCCCGGAGGAAAUGAACUGACCCUAGAGCUCUGCAGAGCUGAACUUGAUUCCCGGCUCCUCCUGAGUGGGAAGAUCGCAGCUGGUGCCGUGGGGAUGUGUUGAUUUCUGUUCAUUAUGCUGAUGUGGGGUGCUUCCUCCCUCACCUGCAGGAGAGCCGAGGAGCGAGUGAAGCUACCGCUAUGAACGCCAUCGUCGCCCUCUGUCAUUUCUGUGAGCUCCAUGGCCCUCGCACCCUCUUCUGUACAGAGGUGCUGCAUUCGCCGCUUCCGCAAGGCGCAGGGAAUGGAGACAGCCCUGGGCAGAGUGAGCAAGCAGAAGAUGAAGAAGGUGGCAUUCAGAUGAGCAGUAGGAUCCGCUCACACAGCCCAGCAGAAGGUGCUAGUGCUGACUCCAGUAGCCCGGGGCCGAAGAAGUCAGAUAUGUGUGAGGGUUGCCGCUCUCUUGCAGCAGGACACCCUGGAUAUGUCAGCCAUGACAAAGAGACAUUGAUCAAAUAUGUCAGCCACCAGCACCCAAACCAUCCGCAGCUGUUUAGCAUUGUGCGUCAGGCUUGUGUCCGCAGCCUGAGUUGUGAGGUCUGCCCGGGACGUGAAGGCCCGAUCUUCUUUGGGGAUGAACAGCAUGGCUUUGUGUUCAGUCACACUUUCUUCAUCAAAGACAGCCUGGCGCGUGGCUUCCAGCGCUGGUACAGCAUCAUCACUAUAAUGAUGGACCGGAUCUAUCUCAUCAACUCCUGGCCUUUCCUGCUGGUGAAGAUCCGAGGCAUCAUUGAUGAGCUUCAGGGAAAAGCACUCAAGGUGUUUGAAGCUGAGCAGUAUGGGUGCCCGCAGCGAGCCCAGCGCAUGAAUACGGCCUUCACCCCCUUCCUGCACCAGAGGAAUGGUAAUGCAGCCCGUUCCCUAACGUCGCUGACCGACGACGAGAACCUCUGGGCGUGUCUGCACACCUCCUUUUCUUGGCUUUUGAAAGCCUGUGGCAGCCGACUCACGGAGAAGCUUCUGGAGGGAGCGCCCACAGAGGACACCCUGGUUCAGAUGGAAAAACUUGCAGACCUGAAAGAAGAGUCUGAAGGCUGGGAUGGCUCCGAGGGAGAAGAGGAGAAGCCUUCUACCCAGUCAGAGAUUGUGGAAGGGCGGGAGCUAACUAAAUGCCCAACAGACGCAUCUCUGUCAGAUUGCAGUAGCUGGAAUAUAGCUCCCCGAAGGUUGUCCAUCUUCCGGUCCCUCAGGCACAUGAGACAGGUCCUGGGAGCAUCAGCUUUCCGCAUGCUGGCGUGGCAUGUAUUAAUGGGGAACCAGGUCAUCUGGAAAGCACGAGAUGCAGAUCUUGUCCAGUCUGCCUUUGACAUCCUACGGACCAUGCUGCCUGUAGGCUGUGUUCGGAUUAUCCCCUACAGUGACCACUACGAGGAGGCGUAUCGGUGUAACUUCCUAGGGCUCAGCCCCCACGUGCAUGUCCCACCACACAUACUGUCAUCUGAAUUUGCUGUCCUUGUGGAAGUCCGCCUUGCCACCCGGUGCAGCCUCUACCCAGUCCUGUUUGAUGAUGAGCAGCACCUCAGCAAGUACGAGUUUGUGGUCACCAGUGGGAGCCCUGUGGCAGCCGACCGAGUUGGCCCCACAAUCUUGAACAAGAUCGAAGCUGCCUUGACAAACCAGAACCUUUCUGUGGACGUUGUGGAUCAGUGCCUUGUCUGCCUGAAGGAGGAGUGGAUGAAUAAAGUGAAGGUCCUCUUUAAAUUCACCAAAGUGGACAGUCGACCCAAGGAGGACACUCAGAAACUGCUGAGCAUCCUAGGAGCGGCUGAGGAAGACAACGUCAAGCUCCUCAAGUUCUGGAUGACAGGCCUGAGCAAGACCUACAAGUCCCACCUCAUGUCGACGGUCCGCAGCCCGACCUCUUCCGAGUCUCGGAAUUAACCGGAAAUGCCCAGCGUCACUCGCUGCCCUCCGAUACGAGCAAGGAACCGAGCGAGUUUUUCUCUGAACUUGCACAUCUCGUGACUAGUGAAACACCACUGAACCUCUGAGGGGUGUAGUUUUAGUCUUUGAAUUUGCUGUGAGACUGCACUCUAAGAGUGUGUGGAAUUCAGGCUCAGGCUCUGACCUCCAGCUCCACUCUGAACCUAGACUGCAAGCUGAAGUCUUAUUCAGUGUAAUUGAAGGAACCAGAGUAAGCCUGUCAGUGCCCUCAUGCCAGCCUUAGCGCUAACUGCGCGGCAGUAGAACUCCUGCAACUCUGCACUGUAACUUGGAUGUUGCCAUCAGUAGAGGUCUUGAUACGUGGGACUCUAGAUACAAAUAAACAGUUUGUAGGUAAUUGCUCUCAUUUCUGCCAGUUAGAGGAGCAGAGAAGCAACCACAAAUAUUAGGCCAUGUGACUGGGGUUCCUACAUAUCUUAACCCUAGCGAUGGCUCACCGCUGUCACUGCUUUGUAAAACCACUUCAUGCUCAGUAGAUUUGACUGGAUCUGGAGAAAAACAGAGAAUUGCAGAAGUGCUCUUGUUUGAAUUGCCAUUCCGACUUCUUCAUAUCCUAACUUUAAAAUCUUCUGCAGUUCAAAAUUGUAAGCAACACUGGAAUCCUCUCAAAACGCACACGAAAUGGCGAUGUGACGCAAAGUUGCUUUUUUAAAAAAAACAAAAACGUAAGGAUGGCAAACUUGAAACACAGAGGAUACUUUAUCCUGGACGUGGUGUCCUUAACCUAUUUCCUACACGCAGAAGUUCUCCACUGCUCCCUCUAGCCUAAUGUUCCAGCUAGUGUGUGGUUAAGCAGGAAACAGCCAGUUCACAGAAUCUCCCGCACUGAGAGACCCUGAAGGAGCCAGUUUGAAUGCCUAAUCAUCUGCCAAUACUAUGGCUAGGUGCGCAUGCACCAGAAGAGCAGUACCAUCUCUGCAUCUCUCAGCUACUGCUUUUGCCUUUGGCUCUUAAUUAACAUCUUACUCUAAAGGAAUUACUGUAUUUCCAAUAUGGGAUCAUUUUAGCCUAGGUCAGUGGUUCUCAAGGUGCGGUCGCAGACCACUAGUGGUCUUUGGCUGCCUCCCAGGCCACCCGUGGCUCGAGUGCAGCCCUCACUGCGGCUCACGCCUCGCGGUCACCGCACAGCUGCAGCCUGGAGCACCAGCUCCGGCUUCCUGCUGGGAGGGCGUGUGAUAGAGGCGGUGUAGGUGCAGCUUAAGGGCUUGAGUGGCCUGGCAAGCAGAGCGGGCAUCAUGACCCUGUGUUGAGCUCCACAUCCCUGGAGCUACCCCUGCCCGGCCUGGGCGUGCAGCUCCAGGGAGCCUAGGGGUUUAACACUGCCUCUCCCCCAUUGCCGGCUCUGUCUCCUGCUCUGGGAGAGGCAGGGCUAGGUGGCCGAUCACACUUUGCUGCCACCUCCGUGGGGGGCCGGGCCCUGGGCUGCACUGCUCCCUGCAGAGUGUGUGUGGGGGCGGGGAGACCCUUUUGGGCUGGAGCCAACCUGGGCUCUGACCGCCCCAGCCCUGGAGCUGCAGCCUGCAGAUGUGGGGUGAGCCCCAGGCAAAGGGCUGGGCCGGACAGGGAAGUGACUCUGCCCCCCCGGCCCCUCCUCACCCCAGCACUGCUCUGGGGGCCUGCGAGUCCCAGCACUGCUGGCCUGCUGGAGAGAGUGCAGUGAUGCGGGGGCAGGAUUGGAGGGGGCAGGGGCUGC